GCCUUCCCAUAUAAUCUGCACACUACUGAAGGGCGUCCCACAUGGAUCUACUCGCCUACUCCUUGAAAGGACGUUGCAAAUUCUGUCAAAAGCUCACAUCAUGGAAUUCGCCUCUGUACUACAGCUUUUUAGCCUUCUUUUCGAGUCUGCGCACUGGGGACCGGAAGCGGACACGUCUUUUAUCAGAGGUGUCUGCCGGUCUAAACCCUUAUUCACGUUCCUAUUCUCCGCUCUCCGAGACCCAGAACAGAUCCACCCAACGAUGGAAAGGGAACGCCGUACCGUUGCCCCUUUCAUUUUCCGCUUUAUCAAUUCCUGCUUUGACAAGCUGAACAUUGCCCCGACUCAAGAAAUCGAGUCGUUCUUGAAACUACUCUGCAAACAUGCGAAACUGCUGGACAUCCUGGAGAUGAUGAUGACACAGGGCGACACCUCUCAGAUCGAGCUACAAUAUGUAGGUGACUGCAUUACAGGCAUUACACAGCUGUUAGAGGGACGACCAGUCCUUUUGCCCAUCGUCCGAGCCGACCUUCCCCGUCCUCGCUUGAAGCAUGCUUGUCUAGAGAAAGCCCUUGGCGCCUCUGUUCAGCCACUUAUACGCGUCGAGGGGCCAUCAUUGCAAACCCACGCGUGGUACCUCGUUGAUCAAUUUGAGAACAUGUGCCAGGUUGACCGCCAGUGCAUGAGAAGGGGCUGCAAGCGGACGCGUAGAGCACGAUGCAAAGAUUGCAAGGUGACGGAGUAUUGUAGUUAUCAGUGCCAGAAAAAGGACUGGCCGGACCACCGUCUUGUUUGCGGGCUUAAAUACCAGGCCAACAGCUUUUUCGACAAGGCAAUUGUUACGGGAAUACCGGACAGGUUCCCUUUCAGGUUUUCGCGAGGGGGAUCACCGGUGUUCUGACAAACGACAGUGUUCGUUCUACCUAUGUGUUCGAUCUUACUCCCUCUCAACUUCAUCCCUGGCAGCUGGUACUGUUUUCUUCUUCUCAGGUACCUCCAGCAUCGUUCUUUCUAUUGUGUUCUGCUAUUGCCCUACUAGCUUUCGAUUCAUGACCGUACAAGACC